AUGCACAAGUCCUAUCACCACCACCAACAACACCACUUUAAACAAUAUUCCUCGAUUGAAAAUCACUAUCAACACUUUGCACAACAAUUGCCGUUGGAUCCUAAUUUUGAUCCUUCCGUGCACUGGACUGUUUCUGAAAAGAUCCAUGGAUGUAACUUGAGUUUUAUAUUAUGGAAGGAAGAGAACAAGACACAAUUUACUGUGGCCUCUCGAAGACAAAUAUUGGAUGGCAAUGAUCGAGCUGUUUCAUCAUCUUCACAGAACAAAAAGAAGGACGAUGAAUUUUUCCCUCAAGCAGUGGAAAUGGUGAAAAAACGAUAUCAGGAGAGAAUUUUGAAAUUAUUUGAUAUGAUGGUGAACAAGUAUACAAAUGAUGAUUUUAUGGUGAGAAGAUGUAAUGUAUAUGGUGAAUUAUUUGGAGGAAAAUAUCCACAUGAACAAGUGGAAAAUGUGAAAGGAAGAUCUGUCAUUCAACAACAUGUCUAUUAUACUCCAGAUUAUGAUUUCUAUAUUUUCGAUAUUUAUGUUUGGGGAUUGGAAAAGAAAAAAGAAAGUGGUUUUUAUGUUCCAUAUGAUGAAAUGAUCGAAUCUUUGAAGGAAUGUGAAUUUACUCUCUUUGCGAAAGAGUUAUUUAGAGGUUCAUUCGAAGAAUGUUUAAAUUUUGAUUGUCAAUUUAGCACCAAACUUCCAACUGAAUAUUUCCAAUUGCCACCUCUAAAAGAUUAUUCAAAUAUUUGUGAAGAAAGAUUUCUCAUUAAAAAGAAGAAUGAGGCGUUUAAGGAAGUGACCACUGUAAAGAAACCACCAAGAAAGAGAAAGACGAUCAAAAAGCCAGAGUUUAAAUAUUCAGAAGCUUCCACUCCAGUGUUCGAAGGUCUAAUGCAAUACAUGAAUCCCUCAAGGUUGGAAUCAGCCAUUUCCAAAGUUGGUGAUAUUAUGAAUAGUUUUAAAUUGAGGAACAAGUGUUUAGCUUUGCUUGUACAGGAUGCUUUGGCAGAUUAUCAAAAGGAACAUUUAAAGGAAUGGGAACAAGUUCCAAAGGAGGACAAGAAGUUAAUCACCAAAUUCAUGUCUGAGGAGGCCAAGGAAAUUAUCGUCGAUUACGUUUAUGAAUUUUCAAACGAAUCCACGAAUAUGGGAGAGGAGGAGAAAGAAGGAUCUCAUUUGGAUGAACCAUAG